AACUGAUUGAGGACAGAAGUGUUCCUCAUUCUCCUAGAGUAUUUUCCUUCUGCGGUUUCAGAAAUCUCUCUAUGUCUGCUGGGAGAGUCAGCAAGUCUUGGGCUCUGAGCUGCUUCCUCUUACCAGGCUCAUAUUGAUUCAAAAGGGGCGGGGGAGUCAGAAGAAAGUAUGCGUUUCUCUUUUCCCUGUUGAAGGGGGUGUGUCCCGGGCUGUUGGCCUGCAAGGGCAGUAGCCCAUGCACUAGGAAUUGCUCAUGAAUCAGAGGACCUGUGAGCAUGCCAGAGAGUUGCUGUGGUUCAGAUAUUAAGAUUGUCUUUCCAUACAGCGUAAGAAGUAAUUGAGCCACAGGUACACUGGAGGAAGGGCUCCCUCAGGCUGUGAUGUGAAGAGAGGAAAAUCACCAGCGCAGGAACAGCAGAGGGACCUGCUGAAGAUGAGAGUUCAAGUGCUGUGGCUCCUCUUUUCCAUCUGGGUCACUGAGGGCAGUGAUGGCUUCCUGGGGAGAAAUGAUGGCAUCAGAACAAGAAGAGGGCUCAUUGUGAAUAAGAAAAAGCAUCCAGACCCAGUGCAGGAAUAUGAGCUGCUGCUUCAGGUGGCUUAUAGAGACUCCAAGGAGAAAAGAGAGUUGAGGAAUUUUUUGAAUCUUCUGAAUUCUCCAUCAUUAUGGCUGCAUGGGCCAAUGAAGAUUAUCAGAGCAAAGGCAACCACGUACUGCAGCAACCAGAAUGGGUUCUUACAGUGUGCCUGUGAGGAUGGCUAUUCCUGGUUUCCUCCUUCCUGCCUCGAUCCCCAGAAAUGCUACCUUCACAUGGCUGGAUCACUUCAGAGUUGUGACUGUCACCUCAGUAACCUCACCCAGAGUGUCAAUUUCUGUGAGAGAACAAAAGUUUGGGGCACUUUCAAAAUUAAUGAAAGAUUUACAAAAGACCUUUUGAAUUCAUCUUCUGCUGUAUACUCCAAAUAUACCACUGGAAUUGAAGUUCAACUUAAAGAAACAUACAAAAGAAUUCAAGGCUUUGAGUCGGCUCGUGUCAUUCAGUUUCGAGAUGGAAGCAUCAUUGUUGGGUAUGAAGUUGUUGGCUCCAGCAGCGCGUCUGAGCUGCUGUCAGCCAUUGAGCAGAUGGCUGAGAAGGCUAAGGAAGGCCUUCAGAAACUGUUUCCACUAGAAGAUGACUCUUUCAGAGUAUUUGGAGAAGUUCAGUGUAACAGCAUUGUUUUUGGAUUUGGGUUUAAGAAUGAUGAAUAUACUCUUCCCUGUAGCAGCGGCUACACCGGGAACAUCACAGCCAAGUGCCAGCCUUCUGGGUGGCAGGUCGUUAGGGAGACCUGUGUGCUCGCUCAGCUGGAAGAACUGAAGAAGAGCUUCAGUGCAAUUGCACGCAAUGCCACUGAGGCAGCAAUGUCAUCCGUGGUGCGAAAUCUUUCAGUCAUCGUUCAGCAAAACCCAUCAACCACAGCUGGGAAUCUGGAUUCAGUGGUGUCGAUUCUGGGCAAUGUCUCCUCUCUGUCACUGGCAAGCCACUUCAGGGUGUCCAAUUCGACAAUGGAGGAUGUCAUCAGUAUAGCUGACCACAUCCUUAAUUCAACAGCAGUCACCAACUGGACAGUUUUACUGCAGGAAGAAAACCAUGUCAGCUCACGGUUACUAGAGACAUUGGAAAACAUCAGCGUUCUGGUGCCUCCAACAGCUCUGCCUCUGAAUUUUUCUCGAGAAUUCAUUAACUGGAAAGGGAUUCCUGUAUCUGAAAGCCAACAUAAGACAGGUUACAGCUAUCAGACUGACAUGUUCCCCACAAAUUCUUCCAUUCCCAUCAGAGGCCGAGUGUUAAUUGGGUCAGACCAAUUCCAGGGGUCCCUUCCAGAAACUAUUAUCAGCAUGGCCUCACUGACCCUGGGGAACAUUCUACCCAUUACCAAAAUUGGAAAUGUCCAGGUCAAUGGGCCCGUGAUCUCCAUGGUUAUCCAAAACUAUUCCCUAAAUGAAGUUUUCCUGAGUUUUUCUAAGAUAGAGUCAAACCUGAGCCAGCCUCAUUGUGUGUUUUGGGAUUUCAGUCAUUUGCAGUGGAACGAUGCAGGCUGCUACCUCGUGAAUGAAACUCUAGAUACGGUGAUGUGCCAGUGUACUCACCUGACCUCGUUCUCCAUGCUGAUGUCACCUUUUGUCCCCCCUGCCAUCAUCCCAGCUGUGAAAUGGAUCACCUUUUUGGGGCUGGGCAUCUCCAUUGGAAGCCUCAUCUUAUGCCUGAUCAUCGAGGCUCUGUUUUGGAAGGAGGUCAAGAAAAACCAAACCUCGCACACACGUCAUAUUUGCAUGGUGAACAUAGACCUGUGCCUCCUGAUUGCUGAUGUUUGGUUUAUUGUUGCUACCACUGUGGACACCACGGUAAACCCUUCUGGAGUCUGCAUAGCUGCAGUGUUCUUGACACACUUCUUCUACCUCUCCCUGUUCUUUUGGAUGCUUCUGCUCGGCAUCCUGCUGGCUUAUCGGAUCAUCCUCGUGUUCCAUCACAUGGCCAUGCCUUUGAUGAUGGCUGUCGGGUUCUGCCUGGGCUAUGGGUGUCCUCUUAUUAUAUCUGUCAUCACCAUUGUGGUCACGCAACCUAGCAAUGGCUACAAAAAGAAAGGCACGUGUUGGCUCAACUGGUCUGAUGGGAGCAAGCCCCUCUUGCCACUUGUUGUUCCUGCACUGACUAUCGUGGCUGUGAAUUUGGUUGUGGUGCUCUUAGUUCUCACAAAGCUCUGCAGGCCUGCUGUCGGAGAGAGACUGAGUCAGGACCACAAGGCCACUGUUGUCCGCAUGGGGAAGAGCCUCCUCAUUCUGACCCCUCUGCUGGGGCUCACCUGGGGCUUUGGCAUAGGAAUAAUGGUGGACAGCCAGAGUCUGGCAUGGCAUGUUAUUUUUGCAUUGCUCAAUGCAUUCCAGGGUUUUUUCAUCUUAUGUUUUGGAAUGCUCUUGGAUAGUAAGUUGCGACAUCUGCUUUCCAACAAGUUGUCUCCUUUAAGCUAUUUGAAGCAGCCAUUGAAGCGAAACUCAUCAGAAUCAUCUGCUAUACCCAAGUCUUUCAACCCAUUGGGGUGCAAAGAUGAAGUUCAAGUGUCUGAACUUGGAAAAAACACUUUCCUCCCCAAAUGUUUAAUGUGCUCAUCUACAAGCCUUGAGUCCCGUUAUCAUGGCCACCAACCAGCCAGAGUGCUUUUCAUAAACCUCUUUACCUUUUUGGAUGCUGCUCAUCAUCAGUAAAAUGAAAAAAAGAAAAGACUAAGAGAUUACUAAGGUUCCUUUCAGCAAUAACAUUCUGAGAUCUCAAACCUACUUUAUGUCAUUUCCCAGCAAUAUCUGAAAAAUAUUGUGCUUCUCUUCUCAAGUGAGAGUUGUCUGACAAAUGAAAGUUUCUGUGACAUUAAUGAAAUGCAGUUCCUGUUGACUAGCUACAUUCUAGAUCUUUCCCUACUGUUUUCCUAAAAAUGUCCAGAACUGUAUGGAUUGCAUACGCUUUUCAAUUUUGUCUCAUGUUUGAUUCCAACAUAGUAGCCAGAAUUCUAAUCUUCUUUUUCCUCUCUUAGGCACUUACUCAUUUUCUCAUACUGGAGAGUCCUCAAAUGACAUCAGGCUAACUCAGUUUUUAUCAACUGAAUAAGCCACAAAAUCAAGAAAAAAAAUUUCUGGAGCAAGUUGACAUUUAGAGCUAAAUGUCAGUGAAGAAAUUAGCUCAAUAUUAGAUGGAAUUUUAUGAUUUAAAAGUUGGGAAUAAAAGAAAGAAUUUUCAGUG